AUGGCGUCUCAAGAGCGCGAGACACUUCCUGACGUGGUUAAGCCUAUCAACUACCACGUCUCUCUUUUCGAUUUGCAGUUCGGUGGUUCAUGGGGAUACAAGGGCGCGUUGAAGAUCGAUCUCAAAGUUAUCCGUGCUACCAACGAGAUUGUGCUGAACUCUAAGGAGAUCGAAGUACAAAAUGCUGAGAUAUUGGGGAAAGAUGGGAGUCAAUUGGCCAAAGCAUCCGGAAUCACCUAUGAUAAGCAAUCGGAGCGAGUCUCCCUCGCUUUCUCGCAAGAGAUUGCGCCGGCAGAUGUUGUGCUUUCCAUCAACUUUACCGGCAUUAUGAACAACGCCAUGGCCGGGUUCUACCGCUCAAAGUAUAAGCCCACCGUUGGAGAGCCAUCUCCCGAUACACCCAAGGAGGAUGACUUUUACUACAUGCUAAGCACUCAAUUUGAGUCCUGUGACGCACGAAGGGCUUUCCCUUGUUUCGAUGAGCCAAACUUGAAAUCCACCUUCGAUUUCGAGAUUGAAGUCCCCAAGGGACAGACUGCAUUGAGUAACAUGCCCGUUCAAUCUGAAAGAGACGGAAACAAACCCGGUUUGAAGUUCAUCACGUUCGAGAAGACGCCGGUGAUGAGCACCUAUCUUCUGGCCUGGGCAGUUGGUGACUUCGAAUACGUUGAGGCUAUGACCGAGCGCAAAUAUCAGGGCAAGAGUAUUCCUGUUCGAGUUUACACCACCCGGGGCCUUCAAGACCAGGCUCGUUUUGCACUGGAAUGUGCUCACCGCACGGUUGACUAUUUCUCGGAAGUCUUCGAAAUUGAAUACCCCCUCCCCAAGGCUGAUCUCCUGGCUGUUCAUGAAUUUGCCAUGGGUGCUAUGGAGAACUGGGGUCUUGUGACCUAUCGAACGACCGCCGUUCUCUUCGAUGAAGGAAAGUCGGACAACCGCUACAAGAACCGCAUUGCUUACGUUGUAGCUCAUGAGCUGGCUCACCAAUGGUUUGGCAACCUCGUCACCAUGGACUGGUGGAACGAGUUGUGGCUGAAUGAGGGAUUCGCAACCUGGGUUGGCUGGCUUGCCGUUGAUCAUUUCUAUCCGGAGUGGAAUGUUUGGUCUCAGUUUGUCGCUGAAGGUGUGCAACAAGCAUUUCACCUCGACUCGCUCCGCGCUUCCCACCCUAUCGAAGUUCCCGUUCGAAACGCCCUCGAGGUCGACCAAAUAUUCGACCAUAUCAGUUAUCUGAAGGGAAGCUCUGUCAUUCGCAUGCUGAGUGUUCACCUCGGCAGAGAGACUUUCUUGCGUGGAGUUGCGGACUAUCUCAAAUCUCAUGCAUAUGGAAAUGCAACCACAAACGACCUGUGGACUGCCUUAAGUAAAGCCUCCGGCCAGGACGUGCAUUCUUUCAUGGAUCCCUGGAUUCGCAAGAUCGGUUUCCCGGUUGUCACCGUGACAGAGGAGCCCGGCCAGGUCACCGUUAGCCAGAAUCGAUUCUUGUCCACCGGCGAUGCGAAGCCAGAGGAGGAUGAGACGAAAUGGUGGAUUCCUCUCGGCAUCAAAUCCGGACCGGAAUUGGCUACUGUUGACACCCGUGCUCUAACCUUGAAAACCGACACCGUUGGAGGAAUUGGGAAGGACUCUUUUUACAAGAUCAACAAGGACUUGUCUGGGUUCUAUCGAACCAACUAUCCUCCUACGCAUCUGGCAAAACUGGGCCAGUCGCUUGAUCUCCUGAGCACCGAGGAUAAGAUCGGUUUGUUGGGUGAUGCAGCCGCCCUUGCAGUCUCUGGCGAGGGCACUACGCCCGCCUUGUUGACUCUUCUAGAAGGAUUCAAGGAAGAACAAAAUUAUCUUGUUUGGUCCCAAGUCUCUGCGUCCCUGGCGAACAUCCGGUCGGUUUUCUCACAAAACGAGAAAGUGGCCGAGGGACUGAAGCAGUUUACCCUUAAACUGGCUUCUCCAGCCGCAGAACGGAUUGGAUGGGAGUUCAAACCCGAUGAGGACUACCUCAUUGUGCAGCUUCGGAAGCUGCUCAUUGCAAUGGCCUGUAAUGCGGGCCAUGAAGGAUUUGUCACGGAGGCCAAGCGCCGUUUUGAUCUCUGGGCGACUGAAAAAGAUACCAGUGCCAUUCAUACUAAUCUGCGGUCAGUUAUUUUCAGUGUCAAUGUGUCCGAGGGCGGCCGUAAGGAGUACGAUGCCGUUAAGGAAGAGUAUAUCCGAACCGACUCGGUGGAUGGCAAAGAAAUUUGCCUGUCUGCACUUGGACGCACGAAGGAUGCUGCUCUGGUGGAGGACUACUUGAACUUUGUGUUUUCGGAUAAGGUGGCUAUCCAGGACAUCCACAGCGGUGCCGUAUCUCUGGCCGCCAACUCGAAGGUCCGGCAUUUGCUAUGGCAGUACAUCAAGGACAACUGGAGUGCUGUCGAAACACGAUUGUCAUUUAACAAUGUUGUGUUUGAGCGCUUUGUCCGUAUGGGUCUAUCCAAGUUUGCCGAUCACCAGAUCAGUGACGAUAUUGCGGCCUUCUUCAAGGGCAAGGAAACUGGGGCCUAUGACCGUGCACUCGUGAUUGUCUCAGACAACAUUCGAACCAAUGCAUCCUAUAAGGAGCGUGAGGAGGCAUUGGUUCUCGAAUGGUUGCAGGCACACGGUUACGCAUAA